AUGGAGCAGUUGCAGCGCGAGUAUCUUCGUGGCGCACGGCGUAAGGCCCAGACGAGCGACUAUUUCGACGCAGACGACAGCGCAGACGAGCGAGAUCAUUCUUCUGCAGCUACUCCAGCAGUCGACGACGAUGAAGUGGACCCAUUGGACGCCUUCAUGCAGGGAAUUGCCACCGAGGUGAAGCAACAGCGCACAGCGCCACCGAAACUAGUGGCUGACAAGCCGCAAGUGUUGAAUCAUGCUGAUGAUGACGCACACAGCUAUCUGGAAGAAUACGCACGUGUAAGUUUUUGCUUCUAA